GAUAACGGGUGUGGUGGUAUAUAAAGCAUCUUUUGCAUCCUUUUCCAUCACUACAGCCACUGACUUUCACUCUCCAAUCUCCUUAAAUCUCUGCAAAUCAACUUUGCUCUUAUCAUGUCUGAUGUCCAGAAGGCUAUGGCCCUCCUCAUUGAGUCUUUCAGCAAAUAUGCUGGCAAGGAGGGUGACAAUCUGACCCUGAGUAAGGCAGAGUUGAAAGAACUGCUUCAGAAUGAACUUGGAGAUCUGCUGGGGAAAGCCAAUGACAAAGCAGCGGUGGACCGCAUCUUCACGAGCCUGGACGCAAACCAGGACAACAGUGUGGACUUCAAAGAGUUUGUCAACAUGGUCAGCUGCCUCACUGUGAUGUGUCACCAGUACUUCCACCAAUCAGCCAAAAAAUAGGGAUCCAAGCACCACCUUGGGGCCAGCAAAGAGAUAGCGAUCCCAUGACAGCUGUUCUGAAGAAGAAAUAAAUAUACUAUUUACUAAAAGACCUUGAAGUCACAAAACUAUAUAUAUUGUAAUGCACAAUGAAAUAAACUUCUUUCUUUGAAACACUUGA